UACCUUUUCUAUAUUUCGCUCUAGUUUCCUCGUCUUAAGUUUACACCAAAAUAAGCGAGCUGUUUGGCUACAACAGUAUUUUACUGCACAAAACCUGCUGUGUUUAUUUGGGCUUUAAAGUUGGCAUGGCAACUAGGGCGAUCGCGCGAGCAAUUGAAAACCGCAUAAAAGCUGGGGACGAGUAUUGAAACCCAAAAAUAAUACAAAAUUUGAAAAUUACGAUAUUUUUAACUACUUUUUUGAUGUGAAGAAUAUACAACUAAUUUGAAAAUUUUGCAAAACUAGAUGAACUAUUAAAAUUUUCGAAUAAAAAGGCAAAAUUUACAAAAUAGCGGGAAAACCGCCAAGCUGUUGCCAUGCUGGUUGCUAUGACGACAUCCACGCUAUGUCCAUCCCGAACGCAGGCUCAAGUGUAUGUUUGGUUGCUAUAAACUUUGAAAUUUUGUGAAAAAAUUACCGUAUAUUUUUGUCGAUCAUGGAUGCAACCAAAAAACCUCUGCUUAUUCCGCCGGAGUUUUCUAACUACGCUGAGAAAUACGAAAUUUUUGAGACUGUCGAGGUAUGGUAUGCGAUUUCUUGUUUUAAUGUUUGAUUUUAUGAUACAGCAAGUCAAAGUUGACCUGAUCGAUAUGUUUACAUAUUUGGAUAUAUUAAACUCUAGGAUCUGUAAGCUUUGAUUAUCGCUGGUAAAUUUAAUAAAAUUAUUUAUAACUUGUUUAAAAGUAUGCUAUUAGAAAUAUAGAAGUAUUCUUAGAAAUGACAUUUUUGUCAGAUUUUUAAACUUUUAUGUAAAUAUUAUUUACUAGUAUAUACUACUGUAUCUUGUUUUUGUUUGUAUAUUUCUAGCAUCUCAUAAAACAACUUGUUAUCCAUCAACCAGAUGACCCUUUGCAAUUUCUGGUUACCCUUCUUGAACAAGAUGAAAAAGGUUACUAGCAGUAAAACAUAGAUUACAUUAUGGAGAAUAAACUUUCAUUCAGGCAUAACAAAGUGUCACUAUAAAACUCUUGUCAACUCUCGUCAAAGUUUGAACCUGCUCAGAGUUGAUGAGAGUCGAUGAUAGUUGGUACAUGGUCAAACUCGAGCAAGAGUUGUAACUCUCGUCAACUCUCAUCCUCGUUUGACCGAGGCUUUUCGCUACACAUAUCUUUUGCCUAAAACUGUCGCAUGCAACCAGCUUACAACUUGAGUUGUACACUAGUGUGUAAACAGUAGUGUAGCCAGCCCAACGAUUUAGUCCCGCUAUGCAAAUAUUUUUGUGUUCAUUCACUGUGAAAACAAUCAAUUUCUAAAGAAAUGAAUAAUGAUAAUAAUUUUGAAUUUGCAUAGCGGGACUAAAUUGUCGGGCUGACUACGCCACUAUGUGUAAAUCAAGCACACAACUUGCCUACAUUGUCGUCAUAUAGAAAUUUUUGAAAGAGACUAUAUAUAUGUCGGAAUACUGUCCAUGAUAGAGGUAUCAAUCUGUAUUAGAGGCGUCCAUUAAGGCGAGGUUUGAUUGUACUUUCAGAUAGCUUUCCUUUUUUUAUCAGAUUGACUAGGUAUGGACAAAAAAUACAGCUUACAGCUGUAAUCGUUCAAACUUUAUUUAUUUUAGCUCCACAUAUAAUUGUUCAAGGACCUCCAGCUUCUGGGAAAAGAACAAUGGUAAUUAUAUUUUUAACUAAACUGACUUGUAUAUAUAUGUAUUUAGAUAGCUCGGCGUCAGUUCUAAAUUGUUCUCUUCAGAGAUCCACUAGGGGUAAUGAUCCCUUAGUGAUCUAGUGUUACUACCAAAUACUGAGAGAAAACUAUAGUGUUUGCCAAUUGUGUUUCGUAAAGUAAUUGAUACAGAAAUAAUCCGAAAUUCCUAUAGGGUUUCCUAUAUAGGACUUUUUUGUGAGGAUAUACAGAAUCACUAUAUUAAGUUUGUUCAACUAUUUCAGGCCAAAACAGUGGCAAGGACACUUGGAUGCAUACAUUUAAACCUGGAAUAUUUAUUGGUGGAUCUGGAAUCACCUGAAGCUAAACAGGUAGAAUUGCAAUCAUUUAUGAUGGUUGCAAUGAUUUUGCAAGUAAAUCUGAAAAUUGUUACUAUCUUAAAAUAUAUUAUAACUUAUGGAUCAAAAUAUGACAGAUGCAUUUCCCCACCUGUCAUCUGCUAUAUAUUUGACAUAUAAUCUUGUUUAUAAUUUUCAAUAAUUUUUUUAGGCAAAAAUGUAUGUUGAGUCCAAAAAGGUAACGACAGGCAUUAUGUACAUUAUACUAACACCUGGGCAGCAAGCUAUAAUUAACUCAUUGAGCACCAGUGUGCUCUCCUUGACAAGUAAAAUCAUCUGGUGUUAGACGGAGUAGAAUAAUAAAGUGGGGCACAUUAGUGUGCAAUGUAACUUUAAUGGGUUAAUGUGUUUUAUGUCAAAUUAUUUUAGGAAGUUCCAACAGACUUGUGGAUAUCAUUGAUUCAUGAAAGACUAAAAAAAAGUGAUUGUGUCAAGCAAGUAAGUGAUUUCAUAUUCUGUCAUAAUGAGAAAAUGUGACGAGAUUUAUGAGUUGCAAUGAAGGCUGCCAAUAUGAAUAAGUCUCAAAAUUUUUUGUAUAUUGUAUAUUGCAGCAUACUUGUUAUUGUGUAAUAUUUUUAUAUUUUACAGGGUUGGGUUCUCGAAGGAUUUCCAUCAAACAGGUCACAGGUAGGAAACUAGUAAAUACCUGAUGCUUAUAACAACUUCUUGAUGCAAUCAUCAGCAGGCAUCUUUCACUCCUGAGAUUCUUGCUACUGACCCAUUCACUUAAUAUGUAAGAAGAAUCAGUCAAUGCUUCUACUGGCAAUCGUGGGUUUUGUCUGGGCACCCCAGUUACCUUCCACAGGGAAUGUCAUCAAGGUGGGUUAGGGUAAAGCCCGAUCAGACAUGAGUCAUAAGAUGACAGCCGGGCAGCCAGAGUCACCCUUUGAAAGCCUUGAACUUGAUCAGGUCGAGCUGUAUCUUUCGUAAUUUAGCUUAUAGCCCUCAGGGGCAAGUAUGGAUAAUUAGCAUGCCCCCAAUGACAGUUACCAUCAUUGAAUAACUCCUAUAUUACAAUUCUUUGAUUCCAUAGGCCUUGGCAUUGCAAGUAGCUGGGAUCAUUCCAAGACAUUUUGGUAAGCUCGUGAACAGUUGACACCCAACACUUUUCCCCCAUUCACAAAUAAAAUUGUCUGGCAUUAGACGGAAUGAAAUAACAAGAUAGUUUACUUUUCAGUUUUGUUGGAUGCUCCAGACACAGUGCUGAUUGAAAGAGCUGUUGGAAAACGUAUUGAUCCACAAACUGGAGGUACUGAUCAGCGUCUGAUAUUUAAAAAAAGUGUUCAGAUUUUGGAUCUGGCGAAUAUUUUACACGGUUUUCGAAUCUUAUUAAAGGCUAGUUCCACUCAGGAAAAUUAUCCGUGGAUUGGAACGGACAAGAAAAUCUUUCUUUGUCUUGUGAGCUCUGGGUUGGAACUAAUGACUUUAACACAAAGAAAAAUUUUCUUGUCCGUUCCAAUCCACGGAUAAUUUUCCUGAGUGGAAACUAGCCUUUAUGCAGCGGAUUGCGGAUUUAUCUAAUCAUAUUUUGGCUUAGAUUGUGGAUUUGACUUGCAAUUUAGUUUGCAUCCUGGAUUGUGACUUCAUAGUAGAGCUUUUAGCGGAUCCAAAUUUAGACAAGACCAUUCUCGGAUCGGUAGAAAACGGAGUUCUGGCAGUUGAAAACGUAGCUCUGGCUUUUGAAAAGGUAGUUCUAGAAUUUGAAAACGGAGUUUCGGCAUUUGAAAACGGAGUUCUGGCAGUUGAAAACUGAAUUUUGGCAUUUGAAAACUGAGUUUUGGCAUUUGAAAACGAAGUUUUGGCAUUUGAGAACGGAGUUUUGGCUUUUGAAAACGGAGUUCUGGCAUUUGAAAACAGAGUUUUGGCAUUUGAAAACGGAGUUCCAAAUUUUAUGGCAACCAAUAUCCAGAAGUGGGAUACCUGAUUUUCAGAUGGGAUACUAGAACUUUGAAUCCUGGCAUCUCAGUGGGGUGCUGAAAACAAAAACAAUAAAUUUUAGAUCCGGCUGAUAAACUGAGAACCUUCAUAGAACUACUUUUAUCAAAUGAAUUGAAGCAUGUGGUGCGAGGAAAUUAAUAAUGGGAUUCCUUUAAAAUUGUGAUAUAUAUGAUGCGUUAUUUUCAGAUAUAUAUCACGCAACAUUUGACCCAGCCAGUGAGGUGGAUGUGGCAAUGAGACUGGUGCCAGAUACAAAUUCAUCUGAACCUGUUAUGAUCCAAAGACUGAAUCAGUACCAUAGGUGAGUAUGCCAUUGGUGUGAUCAGUUGCCAUUGCCAUCAGUGCAUGCUUUAUUUUAUUGUACAAGAUUUGCCACACACACAAACAUAAAUACCACUAAACCAUUACACAAUAUUACAUACAUUUACAAUACAGUACAGCCACGGACUGACCACAGAGAUAAUCUCCAAUAACGGGGUCCUGCUUUAUAUGUUUUACAAUGUGAGGCCGAGAUUAGGGUCAAGUGUGGUCUCCCCAGAGUAAGAUUUUGAUCACUCAGGUUAAGGUUAGGCGUAAAAAAAAUACCUGUGGUUCCGGUUUCAUAUCGUGAAAAAAUUAGGGUCGGUAGGUCGGCAGAAAAAAAUAGGGUCGGUCGGGAACCGGAACCACAAGUAGGGCCCUGUGUCUGUCUGUGCCACUAACUAGUGGGGCCUGCGGGGCCAAAUGCCCCUUCCCACCCCAGUAUAUGUUAAAAUAUGUCUUAGUUGCCACAACACUUUUAAAAACAUUUCAAACAUUGCUUCGUGAAAUGCUUCUGGCAAAUUGCCAAACCAUGGCCUUUGCUAACCAAUGUCACGCAAAAAAGUGUUUUCCGACCUACCUACGAAACCAGAACCACAUGACAUUUUUUGUUUGGCCUAAAUAAAUUAUUUGUUGCUGCAUUUAAUUUUCAGAACCAUUGACGGCGUUUUAUCAUGUUACAACAAAAUUGUGAAGAGAAUAAAUGCAGAUCAGCCUAAAGCUGACGUGUUCUCACAAGGUAUGCCGUUGAUGUGUCAAAUUAUGAACAUAUACAACCAUACCAGACUGGAUCUGAAUAUAUGAUACUUUACAACCAUAUACAACUAUCAUACAACCCAACAUAUAAUAAUAAUAAUAAUAAUAAUAAUAAUACAUAUACGACCAUCCCAGACUGGAUCUGAACAUAUGGUACUUUACAAUCAUUUACAACCAUCCCAGACUGGAUCUGAACAUAUAUGGUACUUUACAACCAUCAUACAACCGCCAUACAUCCCAACAUAUACAACCAUUCCAGACUGGAUCUGAACAAAUGGUACUUUUCCUUUCAGUACAAUCCUACCUGUGCAGUAACCAACACUCCCUGGCUCCACAUACUCCGAACGUCCUGCUCUUGGGUGCCACAGGAAGCGGGAAGAGUGUCCAGGCGUCGCUCAUUGCACGGAAAUACAAUCUUGUGAAUGGUGAGUGCUCG